ACACAGAGCAAUUGCAAACAGUGUCGAACGGUGCCAUACUACCAUUCUAUUUGUUAGCACUAAACCCGUGCCUCUCUUGUGCGCCUAUCCAAAGUUUCCUUGGAUUUAGGAGAAACAGCUAUAGGGAAACCGGCAUUUGCGACACCAAAAUUUCCUGUAGCUUACAUACCCAAACUUCUAUAUGAGUGAAAAAUCACCACCAUAGCCAGAGCGAGACUACUGUGAAAUCUAAUUUGAUAUGACUAAAAGAUUCCAGACACUACUAAAUUGUUUAAUUGCAUUUUGCAGUACCCAGAUUAAUACAGGAGUUAUAAAACGCACGCAUGGCUAUAAAGGGGGUUCCUAUUAUGAAACAGGAACUUGCUACUAAAAAGUUAUGUAGGCACGGUUAAAGCCAGAAUUGUUACGACUAGAAAUCGCAAACUGGAAUAAAUCUCAACUUGCUACGGUAAGAAAUAACUAAACUCUGACUUGGUGGGACUAAGAAAUCAGGAAUUUGAGACCAGCCCAGGCAACAUGGCGAAACCCAAUCUCCACAAAAAAAUACAAAAAAAUUAGCCGUGCGUGGUGGUGCGUGCCUGUGGUCCCAGCUACUCCAGAGGCUGGGGUGGGAGGAUCGCUUCAGCCCAGGAGGUAGAGGUCGCGGCACUGCACUCCAGCCUGGGCGACAGAGCCGGACCCUUAUCAAGACAGAAAGAGACAGAAAAGAAAGAGAACCAAAGAAGAGAAAUCACCAUCGCACAGUUAAGUCUCCCUUGCUACACAGCUAAAUAGUGACUUCCUAGGGCUAAGAAAUCGCAGCCAAGACUAGACCGGGGUUUGUCCUAAAUCGGGACUUGCCUGGGCUGAGAAAAUCACAUUUUGGCUAUUGACUUGGACAAGAGGUAGAAAUCACAGGCACUGAGUAAUCGAAACUUGCUAGGACCAAGAAGCCAACGACGCGAGAAACUGCAGGGGCCUGCGACAGAGGCGCGAGCGGUGUGGCCACAGAACUGGGUUCUGGAGGCCGAGCCGGAGCCCGUGAGGCGGCGCUGGUGGCUCUGGGAAGAGACGACGCCCAGGCAGCUCCCCGCCAACGACUCCAAGGAUUAGCGGGUUUGCCAGCCUCCGCGCAACUGGCAGCGACUCCAAAUCCCUCAGAUCGGCGACCUGAGAGCUGCCACCACCGAGAAAAUGGAGGCAACAAACUGCCGCGACCAAAGAACUCGACUCGGCGAAAUAGCAGUGCCCGGAGCCUGCGAGUGACGCCAGCCGGAGGGGUUGCCAAGGACAAUAUCCGUUUUGGCGCUACUAACGGUGCUGUCGCGGAGAAAAUGUCGACCCUCGGAAAAGAGGUUCUGGGACCGAGAAAUUCGGUGCAACAAGUGCUGUGACAGAAAACCCCACCGCUGGCGCUGCUGGCGAAAAAGCGAAUGAAACGCCGGGUGCUGCGACUGUGAUACUGACUUUAGGACACGGUCCUCGGAUGGUGAAAGGGACUGUCAGGAGCCACCACGUAAUCUCCUACUGUGUUCAAAUAGCGAAAGUGCUAACGAGAAAUUGCCGGAUGAGUUUACCUAUGGGUGCUUCGCGCGGGACCCGCAGAUUCGACAAACCAGAGGACUGGGACCUAGUACACUUCGACAAGUGGGAAAUGGCUUACCAGCACAAAUAUUGCUUCUGGCUCGAUGGUGCUGUCCAUGAACAUCCGCUGGCUCUAAGAAACGAGCUGCAGUGUCAGUUAGAAACCAUGGGCACUGAGAAACGAGCGGGCUGCAACCGAUCAACUGCCCACCCAGUGCCACUACGUUAAAGUACUGCGGGCAAUACUCCCAUCCUCCGUCCUCAGAUGAAUCCCCUCCCGCUUAAGGAGAGCUUUAUUUUUCAAGGCCGGGUGCCUGGGCUCACGCCUAUAAUUCCAGCACUUUGGGAGGCCGAGGCGGCUGGAUCACGAGGUCAGGAGUUCAAGACCAGCCUAGCCAAGAUGGCGAAACCCCGUCUCUACUAAAAAUACAAAAAUUAGCAGGGCGCGGUGGCAGGUGCCUGUAAUCCCAGCUACUCGGGAGGCUGGGGCAGGAGAAUCGCUUGAAUUCGGGGGCGGGGCUGGGGGGGCGGGGCUGAGGUUGCAGUGAGCCGAGAUGGUGCCACUGCACUCCAUCCUGGGCGACAGAGUGAGACUCAGCCUCGAAAAUAGAAAGAAAAAAAAAGAAGGCCUUUAUUUUUCAUAGCGAAUUCGGGAUCCCUGAUUACCCAGCGUCCCAGCAACCGACCCCUUGCGAUGUGCAUGGGAAAAGGAGGGAGUGUAGGGACUGAGACCCAGGCGGAUUAGACAGGGAUGGGAACAAAGUAAAAGCCAUUCGAGUCCCCAACCGUUUCCCACUGCAAAGAACAGACCUUCCAGUGGCUGGGCUCGACCCUUUUCCUGGUCAGAGCCCUCAAGGCUCCUAAGGACGAAGCUGACAUCUCAUCUCUUUGGAACUUGAAGCUCUCAGUCCAAGACCUCCGUGGAGAGUGAAAGACACAGUGCCGCCAGACACAGUGCUGCCCAACCCAGGCUUUAGGCCUGCCCUGGCAACCAGAGGAAGCAUGAAACUGCCAUUAAGCAAAAGGAAAACAUCACUUUCCGGAACCUUUCUGGUUUCUCUAAAAAUCUACACUUUUGGAAGUGAUCCCCCAGAGAGACCUCCAGACUCUACCAUGAAUGUCUCCAGCUGUAUUCAUCAUGUCUAAGCCUCACCCUAGCUUAUCCUGUUCAAAUCAUUUCCACCUUUUUCUGGGUGAACAUGGGUGGAUGUCAGACCAGAGGAGAGCACAGAAUGCACUAGACAGGUGGGGGACAGAGGCUGGCUCUGUCGCCCAGGCUGGAGCGCAAGGGCGCGAUCUCGGCUCACUACAACGUUCGCCUCCCGGAUUCAAGCGAUUCUCCUGCCUCAGCCUCCCUAGUAGCUGGGAUUACAGAGCAACCCGACGGCCAUGGAGGCUGAAGAGACGAUGGAAUGCCUUCAGGAGUUCCCUGAACAUCAUAAAAUGAUCCUCGACCGAUUGAAUGAACAGCGAGAGCAGGACCGGUUUACUGACAUCACCCUGAUUGUCGACGGACACCAUUUUAAAGCUCACAAGGCUGUUUUGGCUGCUUGCAGUAAGUUUUUCUACAAAUUCUUUCAGGAGUUUACCCAAGAACCUUUGGUGGAGAUAGAAGGUGUUAGUAAAAUGGCCUUUCGCCAUUUAAUUGAGUUCACAUAUACAGCAAAAUUAAUGAUACAAGGAGAAGAAGAAGCCAAUGACGUAUGGAAAGCAGCAGAGUUUCUACAAAUGCUAGAAGCUAUCAAAGCCCUUGAAGUCAGGAACAAAGAAAACUCAGCUCCAUUAGAGGAAAAUACCACGGGAAAAAGUGAGGCCAAAAAAAGGAAGAUUGCAGAAACUUCAAAUGUUAUCACUGAGUCAUUGCCAUCUGCAGAAUCAGAACCUGUUGAAAUUGAGGUAGAGAUUGCUGAAGGCACAAUUGAAGUGGAAGAUGAAGGCGUUGAAACAUUAGAGGAAGUGGCUUCUGCCAAGCAGUCCAUAAAGUACAUCCAGAGCACAGGUUCCUCUGAUGAUUCUGCUCUAGCACUGUUGGCAGAUAUUACCAGCAAGUACCGUCAAGGUGACAGAAAAGGGCAGAUUAAAGAAGAUGACUGUGCAUCUGACCCCACAAGCAAACAGGUAGAAGGUAUUGAAAUUGUGGAACUUCAGCUGUCACAUGUGAAGGACUUGUUCCAUUGUGAGAAAUGUAACCGUUCAUUUAAAUUGUUUUACCAUUUUAAGGAACACAUGAAAUCACACUCCACUGAGAGUUUCAAGUGUGAAAUAUGCAAUAAAAGGUAUCUUCGAGAGAGCGCAUGGAAACAGCACCUAAAUUGUUACCACCUUGAGGAAGGUGGAGUCAGUAAGAAGCAAAGAACUGGGAAAAAAAUUCACGUAUGUCAGUACUGUGAGAAGCAGUUUGACCAUUUUGGACAUUUUAAAGAACAUCUUCGAAAACAUACAGGUGAGAAACCUUUUGAAUGUCCAAAUUGUCAUGAACGAUUUGCUAGAAAUAGCACCCUCAAAUGUCACCUCACUGCAUGCCAAACUGGAGUAGGGGCAAAAAAAGGAAGGAAGAAGCUCUACGAAUGCCAGGUCUGCAACAGUGUGUUUAACAGCUGGGACCAGUUCAAAGAUCACUUGGUAAUACACACUGGAGAUAAACCCAACCAUUGUACUUUAUGUGAUUUGUGGUUUAUGCAAGGAAAUGAAUUAAGGAGGCAUCUCAGUGAUGCUCACAAUAUUUCAGAGCGUCUAGUAACAGAAGAAUUUCUUUCAGUAGAAACACGUGUGCAAACUGAACCUGUAACAUCAAUGACUAUUAUAGAACAAGUUGGGAAGGUGCAUGUGCUACCAUUGCUUCAGGUCCAGGUGGAUUCAGCACAAGUAACUGUGGAACAAGUCCAUCCAGAUCUGCUCCAGGACAACCAAGUGCACGAUUCACACAUAAGUGAGCUUCCAGAGCAGGUCCAAGUGAGUUAUCUAGAAGUGGGUCGAAUUCAGACUGAAGAAGGUACUGAAGUACAUGUAGAGGAGCUGCAUGUUGAACGGGUAAAUCAGAUGCCAGUGGAAGUACAAACUGAACUUCUAGAAGCAGACUUGGACCAUGUGACCCCAGAAAUCAUGAACCAAGAGGAGAGAGAGCCUAGCCAAGCAGAUGGUGCUGAGGCUGCCAGGGAAGAUCAUGAAGAUGCUGAGGAUUUAGAGACCAAGCCAACAGUGGAUUCUGAACCUGAAAAGGAAGAGAAUGAGGACAGAACAGCUAUGCCAGUUUUAGAAUGAAACUACACAUGAAUAUAUUUUUAAAUUUACUUGUUGGGGUUUUGAACUGAUUAUGGGCAGUAUGACUGUCCUUAAGCUAACAGACAAGUGGACCAAAGUUAAGCUGUUUUCCUGUUGUGCUGAACUGUUUCUGUUGAAACAAAUUUGAUUCCUCUCACCCCACUUAAUGCCACAGAGGAGGGAUCUUUUCUGUAACUGAAGGGGAGUUUUGAGAAGUGUAUUUCUGGAAGCUUAAAUGGAUUAUAUUCUUACCAUAUAGUUGGGUACGAAUGUAUCUAUUUUCAUUGUGGUAAAAGUUCUUCCUUUUCUCUUUCCCAGGUCAUGUUCUUCUCAAAUUUUUUCCAUAUUGUAAAAUCAAACUUAAUCAUUAGAAUACAAGUUUAUGUAUUCUAAUGCAUGUUAGAAAAUUGAAUAUAUAGGAGACACAAGGCUGCAUGAUGAAAAGUGCAUUGUUACUGUGCAGUUAAAUUUUGGCUUCUGGCUUUCUUUAGUUUGAACAAACGUUCUUGUCUACCCUAGUAGUCACAGAUGCCAUCACUGCAGCAGAAAGAGUGGUGGUGGUGGCAAAAUUUCUAGAAUGUUAAAAAAAAAAAACACACACACACCCAUGUGCCUUCUCAAAACCAACUAAACUUCUACAAAGCAUCUCUGGUUCUUUCAAAGUUUGUGUUGCAAGGAGCAAUGUAGAUGAUGCUGUAAUACUUUAUGUUUUUGCUUAUAAGAACAACCACCAGUUCUUUUUCAUUUAAGUUGAGAAAUUUUAUUUAAUGGCCACUGAAGGCCCAUUUUCAAUUGGGAAAAUUUAUUUACAUCUGUGGUAAACUUUAUUUUGAUGAAAAGUUGCACUAGUAUUUUACCACCAGAUGAAAAAAAGAUGUGCAUCAUUUAAAAAUUAAUGUAUUUAAAAUAAAGUACAGAGAAAGACAUGUAUAUAAUUAUCAGGCUUUGUUUUGAAUGGAAUCUUUUCCCCCGAUCCUUAAUGUAAAGAUCUUGUGCUAUAACUUUUAAAGCCAUACAAAUAAGAGUGCUAAACUGUGGACUUAAAAAGUAGGUGUGUAAAUAUUUUUAAUCAGUAUUACUUGGAAAAUAAAAUAAACACAUAAACCAAUAUGCUAUUUUCUUUACCUGUUAAAUAUUGGGAGUUCUUUACAUUUUUUAAGUAAACUUUAAAAUUAUGUG